GGUAGCGCUCGUGUGGAAAUACGCAUGUGCAUAUAUCGUCGUUGAUGCGCAAGCGCCAAUGUCUGCCUGUAACUGUUAGGGCUUAAAACUUGUAUCAUGGAAUAGGAGGUUUGUGUUUGAACAGUGAAGAAUGAAAACAUGAAGUUUACCCACAUUGAAUUAAAAUGAUGCAAAAGUACUUCACUGAAGGGCAGGUAUACACCGUUCCAAUCAUCCAACCAGACUUGCGACGUGAAGAAGCCAUUCACCAGAUCAGUGAUGCUCUUCUAUAUCUCCAGAAAAUCUCCAAUGAUGUUUUCACUAGGGUUUCCCAAAACGUAGCGAGCAAUCAAACUCGCUUGCAGUCCAUCAAUGACCGGAUCAACUUGGCACAGGCUAAAAUCAAGAAAAUCAAAGGCAGCAAGAAAGCUACUAAAGUUUUUUCCAGUGCAAAAUACCCUGCGCCUGACAAACUUCAGGAUUAUGUUUCCAUUUUCAGUGGGGUCGAUGAUGCUGCUUUACAGAAACGCCCACGCUAUAAGAUUCACAGCAAACUGAAACCACUGGAUGAAAAGGCAGUGCAGGAAAAGGCAAAGCAUUAUCCUGUAUGUCUGAACACCAAGUCACGUGAGGAGAAUGAGACAGAAGGAUUGGGAAGCCUUCCCCGAAAUAUCACCUCUAUCAGUUCUCUACUACUUUUCAACACCACUGAAAACCCCUAUAAGAAGUAUGUUCUAUUGGAUCCAUUAGCUGGAGCAGUGACACAAACUCACCCUGCUCUGGAGACUGAAAAAGAUGAGAAACCAUUUGAUGCACCACUUUCUAUCACCAAGAGGGAGCAACUUGAACGACAGACAACUGAAAAUUAUUUCUAUGUGCCAGACCUGGGACAGGUGCCAGAGAUUGAUGUCCCAUCCUAUCUACCAGAUCUACCUGGCAUUGCUGAUGACCUCAUGUAUAGUGCGGAUCUGGGUCCGGGUAUCGCACCCUCUGCACCAGGAAGUAAUAUGCCUGAACUGCCCAGUUUCAACACAGAACCUGCUUAUGCAAAUGGACCAGAUCAACAGAAUACAAAUUUACCACUGCCGCCUGUUGGACUUAGUACUCCAGAACUGCUGACACCAGUUAGUGCUCCUCCUCCUCCACCCCCACCACCACCACCACCUCCACCUCCACCAUCUCUGCAAACUGAUGUUGCUAAUAGUCAACCACCAGAAGGUGGCUGUGUUCAUGGAGCACCACAAGAAGUUGUGAAACCCUCAAAUGGAAGAGCCAGUCUGCUGGAAUCAAUCCGUCGGGCUGGAGGAAUCGGGAAAGCUAAACUGCGGAAUGCGAAGACCAUUAAAAUGGAAAAGAAGAAACAGAAAGAACAGGAACAAGGUGGAACAAUGAAAGGUGGUGGGGAUCUGAUGUCUGAUCUCUUCAACAAGCUCGCAAUGAGGAGAAAAGGUAUUUCUGGUAAAGGUCCUCAACAAGGUGAAGGAGGCAGUGGUGGAGCAGUUGCUGGUAGUGAUCCUGUACCAGGUGGAGCUUUUGCCAGAAUGUCUGAUGCCAUUCCACCCCUCCCACCUCCACAACAGCAAACUACUGAAGAUGAGGACGAAUGGGAUGCGUGAAAUUUGCUUGAUUGUCGAAGCUGUCUGUGUUAGGUGUCUGGUCCCUGUGAAACAUUGAAGUUUUCAUUUAGUUGUGUUAAGUUUCUGUCAAUUCAGCUCGAGCUGAGAAAUCUAGCUAAUAUGGCUAGCCAAAGACCUUAGCAAUUAAGCAGUAGAAUUUCCUUCAUAACAUUAUUUCAUAUUCUUUCAAUGAAACAGAAACACCAAUAUUAAUUAGGCAAGAGUGUACUGAUGCUGUAAACUGAACAGCAAUGCAAAAUCCCCAAAUAAAAUCACUAUUAUUGGCUAUUGUUUUAUGCAAAUAUGUUCUAAUAUUUAAUAUUUUAAUAAUCCAAUUUAAAAGAAGAGAAAUGUAUAGCUUUGGUAUGACCAUAUAUUUUUGUUUGGCCGGUUUGUUUCCGGGUUGUCUCUAGCGUUGUUUAUCCACAUAAUCAGGUGACAGUGGCCCACAUUUCCUUGAAUGAGCGGCAUGUUUUACAAAAAUAAAACAACUGCAGAUGCUGGAGAUCUGAAACAAAAACAAAUUGUUGAAACGUUAACUCUUUCUCCCUGCAGACGCUGCCAGGCCUGCUGAGUUUCUUCAAGUCCAAUAACUCUUCUUCAGAAUUCGGUUCAUCAGUUCUGAUGUGUUGCCAGACUGUUAAGUGUUUUCUCCUCACAGAUUUUGCCAGAUCUGCUGACUUUCUCCAAUUUGUUUAUGUAUGUUUCACUACUCAGAUGCUAUAGUCUACUGCAUUCCUUGAGGGGCUAUUAAUUAUUAUCCAGAAUCAGUAAUGUUUAGAGUUUAGCAAAAUGAUGAAACAGUGUAUAUAAUUCAAGUUCAAAUUAACAAUAACUGAAGCUUAGUAAUAUCUGUAGAACACUUGUACAGUUAUAGCAGACCAGUGAAGUUUAAUCUUAUUGAAUAGAAGAGAAAAAUUGAAAUAUGAAUGGCUGUUACAGUUGUCUGGUAAUACAAUUAAUUUGCAUAACAAUUCUCUGCUUAAAAGUUUAAAGUGUGACAUUGGAGUAUCCCUGGUGCAUAAGUCAUGUUGAAUUGGAAUGAAGAGCAUGUUAGGAAAAAUCCAAUCUAUUGUCUAAAUGAAUUGUUUAAUAUAGGAGCAAAAUCAAUAUAGAAUUAUCAAAUUUGCAUUUUAUGUAUAGCCAAAAUGUUUCCUUUGCAAUUUUUUUGUACCAACAGAUUAUUUGCAAAUUGGCCAUGUGCAGUGAAGGUUGUUUGCUGUAUAUUACCAGAUUGUGUACAAUGAGGAAAAUCUAUUUCAAUGCAAACAUUCCUGGAAACAUUGAAGAUUUUAGAGAACAGUUUGGCUCCAACCAUAUGUCAUUGCACAUGAGAAAAUUUCCAUUGUAGCACUUGCAUUGAAACUAUUUGAUAACCUACAUCAGUCUAAAACCAAAAUUACUUCAACUUUUGGAGACAGCCCUGCUGAUGAAAAAUCCUUAAAUACAUUUUAACACAGCUCAUCACAUUGGAAUGUAUCCAAUCUACCUGUUAAGAGCUUCCACUGGAUGUUGGGAAAGGCCACAGGAGUCAUGAAAGUAACAUCAUGCCCAAUCUACAUUGCGGUGGCUUCAUUGCACAAGUAUUAAAUCAGUUGCACUUUACUAUUUAACAGGAAGCUGAUCAAAGUGACUGUGGGGAAAAGCUAAUAUCUUGUCCUAAACUGUGUAGAUUAUUUGUGAAUCAAAAUAAAUGCAUUCACUAGUUCCUAUGUUGAGUGGAGUUUUACCUUUAACUACUAUUGUAACUUAGGACAGAUGUCAUAGGACAAACAUUUUUUAAAUUUGCUUUCACACUCCCUAUCCUACAGAUUCCCUGGCAUGGCAGGGAGUCACGAACUAUGCGAUCUGCCUGUUUUGCUUGCAAGACAAAGCUUUUCACUGUGCCUCGGUACACGUGAUAAUAAAUUCAAUUCAAUGGCAUUA